CCCUUCCACUCCCUCCGUGGGGAGCGACAAUGAGCGGGUUUGUUCUUUUCAUGAGGAAUCCCAAGAGGGCGGAGGGGACAAUGAGGCCCUGUCUGGGCCACUCGCCUCGUUGGCGGGUUUGGGGUCAGGGGGACCGUGACUCAUGCCAAGGGAUGAAAUGCCAGGGGGCACGGGCCAGAGGUGGGUGGGCCACCAUCUUUGCUGCUGGGGCAGGGGUGUGCGUGGAUCCCAUCCAAGAGAGGUGGGGAUUCGGCCGUUUCGGAUCGGACACACACCCAGCCUGGCUGGAACGGGGAGGGCUGGCGUGGAAAGCCCUCAGGCUGGACCUUUGGGGUGUGCGUCUCAGGAGCACGGCUAGUGCGAAGCCCGAGAGGGAGUGUGCAAAGGAGCAGGUCCUGGGCUUUGACCCAUUUCCUUCCUGCUCUGCUAUGGGGAAGCUGGGAGUUGCCCCCACAGCUUUUCUCUGUCUGCACCUCCUCCUUGUUUUCGUCUUCAGAGAAACACUUGGUCAAAGCAAGCAGACGGAGGGCCGAGUGUGUGCGCGAAACAUGUUGCGCAUCCCCUUGACCUACAAUGAGACCUACGCCAAGCCCCAGCAUCAGCCGUACCUGAAACUGUGCCCUGGACCCCGUGUAUGCAGCACCUACAGGACUACAUACCGGGUUGCCACACGACAGGUGCGGAAGGAGAUCCUGCAGGCCAACAUCAUUUGCUGUCAAGGCUGGAAGAAACGGCAUCUAGGGGACACUAAAUGUGAGGAAGCUGUUUGCCACAAACCGUGCCAGAAUGGAGGCCUUUGUUUCCGGCCAAAUCAGUGCCAGUGCCAGCCAGGUUGGGGCGGACGGUACUGCCACGUUGAUGUGGAUGAAUGCCGCGCCCCCGUCGCUCUCUGUGAACACCGCUGUGUCAACACUGCGGGGAGCUACCACUGCCAGUGUGACCCUGGCUACGCUCUGGCGCCGGACGGCAGAAGCUGCCACGUCCUUCCCACGGCCCAGGCGGCCCCUAUGCUCGGCAGUAAAGUGCAAACUUUGGGGAUUCAGGAGACGAUUCCCAAUGAGAUCCAGGAGCUUCAGGCCAAAGUGGAGCAGCUGGAAGAGCGCCUGGAGCGCGCCAUCUCUGUCUUGCCGCCCCCGCUGGAACCCACUCAGCUGAAAGAGCUCUGGAAUCGCCUCCGCUAUUUGGACCAGGUGGAAUCGCUCAGCGACCAGCUCCUUUUCCUUGAAGAGAAACUGGGAGACUGUGCUUGCCAGAAUGGUAAAAACGGCUUUGGUUACGACAUCGCCCGGUGAUGCCUGCCCACAUCCUGCAUUUAACCUGGAGAUUCGUGGGCCACCCGUCUGUCUCCUGACUCUCUUUCCUCCCAGAGUUCACGGCUGCAGUCUUUGAAGCUCAAGUUAACGCCUCUUCCUUUAUUCGUGCCAUUCAGAACAUAUCACUAAUUAAAAUUUAAAAAAAUUGUAUGUAGCUCCAUUGGGGUGGGGAGAUGUACUCAUUUAAUGAAUGUUGCAAUUGCUGAAAGCAAGCUUUUGGAUUACACAGGAGUCUUCUUGUGAGAUUCAAAGCCAAUACAGUACAAAUGUCAUGGUCCAUAAUUCAGCCAAAGUUCUGCACUGUUAUGCCCACUAGUUUUCAAUGGGAAAGAUUAGCAAUGCAAUCCAACAUGUUUACUCACAGUAGUAACCCCUAUUGUAUAUAAUACAGAGCCUGGAAAUUUUACAUUUUUGACUUCAACUCCAAGAACUCCCCAAGUGUUAAAUAGUAACUUUCUUCCAACUUGUGAUGCUCAAAAUGAGACCUAAAGGUGCUAAAUGGUAGGUGAAUUGUGGCCAGUUUUGUGUAGUCCUAUGACUUGCCUAGACUGUUAUUUUCAAAGCAAAGCAAACUGCACUGCUUAUAUACCACCCCGUAGCACUUAAACCUCUCUCUGGGCAAUGGACAACGCUUGUCAGGAUCAAACUCAGGUUGUGAACAGAGUCUUCCCUGCAGUACUGCAGUUUAGCCACUUUACCACAGGGCUCCCUUUAACUAGUCCAGACAUUGCUUUGCUCCCUGCAACUUCCCUGCAGCCAUCUAUGGUUUAUUAGCUGAAAUGUAAAUACUAAUUUAUAUUUGUAUUACGGCCUUUCCCCCCAGAUGGUGCUGUUCUUUCAUCACUUGAUUUCUGCAAGUUUUGUACAUUUCACUAGUUCCUCAGAGGUAGCCAGACGGCCUAAUUCAACUCAAUACAGUACGGACAGUUUCUCGUUAACCCCUUUGCUUUGAAAAGCACUUUUUUAUUAACCCAGUUAUUACUACAUGCUACAAUUGAUAUUUUCUGCAUUGAUUAAUUUCGAUUUGAACUUACCCCGAAAGGAGCUUGCCUGUAACGUUCCCUAUCAUACAUAUGUAAUACAUGGAAGGUGUUCCUGCCGGCCUUCGUGAUCAUUUUGUCCAUGUCGUGGGCUAAAUUCAACUGUUAAUUCCCAGGCGGAGGAAACCUACUGAAUCAGUAAGUGUUGACCUACCCAACCCAUAAUUUUUGCCAAAGAGAAAUUGCCCCAUUAGGUAUAAACAUCUCGUUCACUGCUGCCACUCAAGAGCCAGCGUGCUGCAUAGUGACUGAUGAUAUAAUUCAUCUUUCUCUCUUAAGUUUUGGAAAACAAAAAUAAAAACAGCCAGCAGUAACUGAUAUGCAUGUAAUAUAGACUAAAACCUUUAACAUUUGGGUUUCCUUUAUCUUAGCGCAGGGAUGGACAAAGGGAAAGUGUGUUCCUUCAGGUGCUGUUGGACUACAACUCCCAUUGACCCUCCCCAGUGGCUGUGCUCAGCAAGGCUGAUGGGAACUGCACUACCAGCUAGAGAGCCAUCAUUUUCAUACGUCAGAGUC